AUGCAUCUGGGACGGUAUUUCGUAACAAUGACAUCGAAAGCUGUAUUUGACACUAAAGUCUUAAGAGUAAAUCCGCUCUCAAUCCACUUCUCUCCAACAGCACAUUUAGAUGGAUCCUUACCAACAAUAACUGACCCUGAAACAGAAGCAGCACUACUAGAGGCAGCAAAGAUUAUAAGAGAUACUGACGAAACUGUAGCCUUUCCAACAGAAACCGUUUAUGGGCUCGGGGGCUCUGCGCUGAAUGAUAAUUCGGUGCUCAGCAUAUAUAAGGCCAAGAAUAGGCCUAGCGAUAACCCUUUGAUCACACAUAUUUCAUCCAUUGACCAGCUAAACAGAAAGAUUUUUAAUCAAGCGGAUUCAUCCAGCGCAUCUCUGUCUGAUAAUAUACCAGCAAUUUAUCGCCCAUUAAUUUCGAACCUUUGGCCCGGUCCAUUAACUAUUCUUUUGCCUGUACCACCUCCAAACCACAAUACGCUAUCGAAACUAACAACCGCAGAUCAGUCCACAUUUGCAGUGCGUAUACCAGCCAAUCCAGUCGCUAGAGCAUUGAUCGCUUUGAGUGAUACACCAAUAGCUGCACCGUCAGCAAAUGCGUCUACCAGGCCAUCUCCUACUUUAGCGUCCCAUGUUUAUCACGAUUUGAACGGUAAAAUCCCCAUGAUUCUUGAUGGUGGUGCAUGCAAAGUUGGCGUAGAAAGUACUGUGGUCGAUGGGCUAUGCAAUCCCCCAAUGCUACUGCGACCUGGCGGUUUCACUUAUGAGGAGAUCAUUGAAUUAGGUGGCGAAGCUUGGUCUCUUUGUAAGGUCGAAAACAAAAAAUCUGUUGAAAAAGGUGAAAAAGUAAGAACACCUGGUAUGAAAUAUAGACAUUAUUCUCCCUCGGCCAAGGUCAUUUUGUUAGUGCCUAACACAAGUGACACCAAUAACAACAUAACGGAGACGCAGAUGGAAAGUCUGAACAGAAUGAUCAAAAAUGAAAUACAAGCUGAUAAAACUGUGAAAAAAAUCGCUAUUUUGACUUCACUGAAACUGCAAGAUUCGGAUCUACAAUCCAAGAUCGUGGAUGACUCUGAUUUUUCUUCUAAAAGUUUUGUCAUUGAAAGACUUGGACGGACAGGUGAAGAAAUACAAGCUAACUUAUUUGCUGCUUUGAGGAAAGUAGACGAAACGGAUAACGUUGACUUGAUAUUCGUUGAAGGUACGAAUGAAGAUGGAGAAGGGCUGGCUGUCAUGAACAGAUUGAGAAAAGCAGCUGCAAAUAAUUGUAUACUGUUCUAA